AUUUAAUCAGUAUGUUUCCCUUUAAGAGGACUUUCCCUUUAACUCACCUGACGUGACCACACCUGAGCUGAACUUCCGGGAAGUUUCACAACAACAACAACAGAAGAAGAAGAAAGAAGAAAUUAUUUCGGAGCUGACACCUCCUCUAGUGACAGACAGACAGGCAGACAGACAGGCAGACAGACAGACGGACAGAUAUGUCUCUGCUGACAGACGAUCGUCCAGAAGACGCCCAGUACCCAACAGGAAGUACCAAGAUGGAGGACAGCAGGAGGACAAAGAGGAGACAGAUGGAGGGUGAGGACGAGGUGGUGGCGUCGGCCAUGAUGGAGCCCAGCACCCUGCAGUGGCCCGGAGACAGACAGACAGGUGGACAGACAGAUAAAGGUGACAGGAGGAGUGUGAGGUCAGACGCGUCUGUACGUGAGGCGGCGAGUUGGACAGAAAGUGAGAGAGAGCUGAUGGCCGAGCGGGGGAGGAGGGGGGAGGGAGGGGGAGUUGAAGAUGAGCGGGCAGGGCUUACAAACCACCUCCAGAAGGAGGAGGAGCCUGUAGAGAACCACCUGCCAGAGAAAGCUGCUCAGGUGUUCAGUCCCGCAGUGACCGUCCUCCACUCCCCCUCCUCACCCAGAGAGAGUGAAGCAUUCUGGGAAAUGGAGUCAGAGAAGAGCCCCUUCCUGGGUCCCCGAGGAGUUCCUCAGGACUACAACCAUCAUGGCUACCAGUACGAGUGGACCGAGGACACGCCCCCUGCCACCUGUGGGCGGGGCUGUCCCAGCAGGGACUUCCUGAAGGUGGGUGUGUCUCUGGUGACGUCAGCGCUCUUCUUCCCCUUCCUGGUGUGGGGGGGGUUUGUCUUCCUGCCGUUUGACGCCCCCCUGAUGGACGGCGCCGCCCUCAGACUCGUCUACACGCUGCGCUGCUCCGUGUUCGCCACGGUCCCCAUCGUCCUCGGUUGGCUGGUUCUCGGUGUCAGUCGGCUCCGGUCGGGUGCAUUUCGUCCUCUGUUUGAUGACCAGGUGAAGGAGGUGGAGCUUCAGGAGGUCACCGUCCAUCGGCGCUUCGUCUCUGACUCCGCCUCCCUCUUCCUGAUCUACUUCCUGCAGCUGGUCGUCAUGGCGAUGUACCUGAGCCAGGAGCAGCUAAAGCUCGUCCCUCUGCUGACGGUCGUCUUCGCCUUCGGACGGCUGGUUUAUUGGGUGGCCGCAGCUUUCGGCAGCAGCGUUCGUGGUUUCGGUUUCGGCCUCUCCUUCCUGCCGAGUCUUGCCAUGAUGGCCGCCAACAUCUACUUCAUCUUCACAGUGGAGGCGGCAGGGUCCAUCUUCAGCCUCCCCCCGCCUCCUGAGGAGGUGUUGCCUCCACCCGCUGGCAGACAAAGGUUCUGGGGAUGAUAACUGAUCAAUAAUCAAUAACCUGAAAUAUUUUUGGAGAUUUAAUUUUUUAUGAACUGAAACUUUCAAACAGAAUAUAAACAGAGUAAAAGUUUAAAAGUUUUUCUGUUAAAACAUAAAACAGAUUAUAACUCCUCCCACAUUGUUUAUAACCCCGCCCACUUUCUCUCUCAUGGUCUUCAUUAAAUCUUAAACUACUUCCUGUUUUAUUUGUAGGGACUUCCUGUUUUGGUUGGUUCAUUGUUCAACAUUUUAUUUUGUAAAAUCAGUUUUAUGAUCAUUUAAUGUUUGAUUUUGUUAAAAAAAAACUUUUGUUUGUUUUUAUACUUUAUACCAAGUAUCCCAUUUCACAAUAAAAGCAUUCAUCUUCA